AUGUCUUCAGUAGAAAUAAGUGAUUUGAAAAUAAGGUUAAAAACAUGGGAACAUGAAUUCAUAGAUAAAAAUAAUAGACCACCUUCUAAAUAUGACAUUCAAGGUCUUCCGGAGGUGAAAUUGAUGUAUAAGCAAUAUUCUGCUCUCAAGAAAGGUAAAGGUGCUAAAAUUGACAAAUCUGAGAACCAAUUGACUCCUAAAACGUUAAACAAUCAUAAAGCACUAGAUAAAUUCAAGAGCCCGAUUAGAUCUGAUUCUAUAAAGAUCGAAUUGGGACCUACUCCGCAAAUAUACGGUAAGACUAUGAGCAUAUUUGAUAUGCGAAUAUCGCCAGUCAAAGUCCCAGAACAGAACAUAGAAUUUAAUACUCCAAAGAAUCCUUCACCUGCAUCGACCAUUUCUCAAUCCAAUUCAUCUAUAAUUUCUGAAUCUACAGAUGUUAAGCGGAAACUUACAUUUGAUGUACAUUUCACUCCUGUAUCAUCACCAUUAAAAAAUGAUGAAGGUAUAAAGAAGCCUAUAGCAAAUGGAAAAUAUGGUCCAAACUCUCCAUUAAUGAUAGAUAGAAAAGAUAUAAACUUUACGAUUAGAAGUACUCCAUUAAAACCAAUAUCAUUGGCAACUACAUCUGCAUUUAGUCCUUCACCUCUUAUAAAAAGACCGUUGACAAAGUCUCUUGUAGAGUUAGCCAAGGAACAUGAGGCUAUAGUAGAAGAAUUUUCACAAAUUCAAGAAGAAGAUGAAAAUGAAGAUGAAGGCAAUGAUGAAAUGAUAACUUCAAAUGAAAUGGUCAAUGUCUUUAGUCAAGAGGCUCUUGAUGAACAUAUAAAUAAAAAAAUAAAGAGAAGAAGAGUUAUACGUAGGUUUGCCGAAGAAAGUGACAUAUCUAAAUCGGUGACUAUCGAUAUCCAUAAAGAAAUAUACAGACUAAAAAGGAAGCAGCUCAACGAAUUUCUUGGUGAUAAUGAAAUAGACGAGGAAGAUGAAAAUAACUUCACAGAUUCGAUAAGUGAUGAAGAUAAUAAUAAAACAGAAGAAGCAAAAGCUCCUGUUAAAAGGAAAACAAGAGGUAACAAGUUAAGAUUAGUUAGUAAUAACUUCAGAAGAUUAAAGUUACCACGUAAAAAUCGUUUUAAGGGUCGCUGGGGCAACCGUAGAAGAUAA